CCUGAAAGGGAAAAGGAGGUCCAGACGGUACCCCACAUCUAGGUCUCUGCUCCUGCUUUAGAACGUACACAGUCUGGGGAACACUGCGGGUUUUUAAGGUGGACGGAUUCCCUGUGUCACCAUGAACCCACCCUGUGGAAGAUGCAACAAAGCAGUUUACCCCACAGAGAAGAUAAACUGCCUCGAUAAGUAUUGGCAUAAAGGUUGUUUCAGCUGUGAAGUAUGCAAGAUGGCCCUGAGCAUGACGAACUACAAAGGCUUUGAAAAGAAACCGUACUGCACUAUGCAUUACCCCAAAAGCUCCUUCACUAUAGUGACUGACACCCCAGAGAAUCUGCGGCUCAAACAACAGAGCAUGCUCAAUAGCCAGGCGCUCUAUAAGGAGGAGUUUGAAAAGAACAAGGGGAAAGGGUUCAGCGCUGUGGUCGACACUCCGGAGAUGCAGAGAAUGAAGAAGACGCAAGACCAGAUCAGUCACGCCCUUUACAAGGAGGAGUUUGAAAAGAACAAGGGGAAAGGUUUCAGUGUUGUGGCGGAUACACCAGAGAUGCAGAGGCUCAAGAAGACACAAGACCAGAUCAGUAAUAUUAAAUACCACGAGGAAUUUGAGAAAAGCAAGAUUCGAAGUGAUGCACCCCCACCUGAAAAUAGGCAAAAUUAUGAACAGGAACCAUCGAACCCUCAAACAUUCAGUCAGCCAGCUGGACAGAUGCGUCCUGCAGUACCACCUAGUGGGGGGAGGCGUUACCAGGCCAUGUACAGCUACACGGCAGCAGAAGCAGAUGAAGUUUCUCUCCAGGAGGGCGAUCUGAUCUUAGAUGUGGAACCCAUAGAUGAGGGGUGGGUUUUCGGAUGCAACCAGCGCACAGGGCAAAAGGGGAUGCUACCUGCUAACUACGUCCGCCCCGUCUGAAACACCAAAUCCACCUCCACCAUGAACUGCCCUGCAGAUCCGCUGUCACCACCUGCGUUCAGGCGUUCUGACAUCACCUUUUACAAACACAAUCAUUGCUUUGUAAAAACAAUUCCUGGCCUGGCUCUGUUUUGCAUAUCUUUCUUAAAAAUAUGGUUUCAAUGGAACUUUAGGGAAGUAUUCCGUUGCUUAAAGUGUAAUAGAAAUCCAUAACUGAGAAGGGGAAUAGAAAGUGAACAAUACAUGUAAACCAGCUGUACGCUACAGUACAGUACAGCAUGGAAUAUUUAAGUCUUUUACUGUUAAGUCUGUAAUUAAAAAGAUGAAAAAAAGGGGUUUGUUUUGUUUUGUUAAUACACAACAUGUACAGAAAUCACUCUCACAUUUUAUCUGUAAAGUGGAAAACACAGCAUUGAGCAUCACAGUUUAUACAACAAUAAACAUAGCUUUAUUCAAAGACAAAAAAAGUACAUUAAAUUAUAGAGUAAAACUGGUCUAAUCACAAAGUAUUUAAAAUAGAAGACUUUAUUUACAAAUUGUGUUUUUCUUAAGUUAAAAAUCAAGUUUCAGCAUUAUGCCUUAUCAUUAUAAACAUUAUCACUAUCAAAAUGAAAACUGGGCAAUGACCGGCUCAGAUACUUCACAUUAAAAU